AAAUCAAGCGCUCAUUUCCCCCCCUUUCAUCGUGAGCAGUAGAAGAGAGCCCUAAAUCAAUUCAAAUUCCAAUUUCCUUCAAAUUCACUGCUAAAAGGUCUCAGCUAAAAAAAAGCAUGGGAAAAACCAUGGAGGAAACGUUUGCGCAAGAUAUGGCGGGAAAAUGUUCCGGAAUUUCUCCUUCUGAUACGCAAAAUAAGGAAGGAAUUACUGAAAUUCGUCCAGUCGAGGAGGAUUUUUCGUCUCCGACGCCGGUGAAAAGGAAAGAGCGGCCGCGCAUUCAGAGCAAAGAUGAGCUGGCUCAGCUUCCAGAGAAGUAUGCGACAUUAUUGGAGGUUUUUGGGCGUCUGAUGAGUUCAUUGAGGUUGCUAAAUCUGCGUAAAAAGAGUCCAACAUUUCAGAACGUUAGGCGCCAAAUUGAAAUCUUGGCUGGAAGAAAAUUCCUACCUAGUCAUCUUGCACAAAUCAAAUACAUACUUCCUGAAGCAGUUCAAAUCGAUAAAAUUCUCGUUCAUGAUGAGAAAACCAAGUGCAUGAAGGUAGAGAUGAAUAUCAGGUUGCUGUCUGAUGUUGUAAAGCAUCAUGAUGAAGAUGAAUCUGUAUAUGUGGCUCUGAGCACUAUUUUCUCUUCGAGGCUAAGAGACUUUAAUGCCAAACAUCCUGAGCAGGUGUGUGAUAUCCCUGAAGCUGAACUACCAGAUCCAUUCAACGAAAAAAGAACCCCCAUUAAGGAAUAUUUGACCUCUCAGAAUUUGCCAACUUUGUGCGAGACAGAGAUGUUGAAUUCAUCUCAUCUUCCCCCUUUUUUCCAACCACUCUUCAAUCAGAAGACUGCUAUUGCAGACAUGGAAACAACUGACAUCCCUUCACCUGUUAAAUCUGCUAGUGAGGUUAAUGAAGUGUUUGAAAGCGUGAGGUCAUCUUCUGCCUCAUAUACCUCAGCUAACAUGACUGAGACCACCCCUAUGAAGCCUUUAGUUGGGAAUGAUGGUCUUACUGCUGUAACACCAGCACAGUCCACUCCCCUGAGACCAAUUUCGUCGCUUAUCUGCGAUGAUCAGAACAAGAUGACUUCAAGCCAUAAACAGUCCACUGCAAGUGCUAAGAAAGCAUUAAAUUUUGCUAGCUUUGAUGGCGAAGAGACCGUCUUCUCCCACAAGCAAAAGCAAAAAUCAGUUUGCCCGUCAGACCUUGUUCCCUUGAUCCAUCAAAUAUUCCAAUCAGUGAAGUUUAAUCCCAUUACAAAGGCAGAACUUGUUCAUAAAAUUAUCAUGAACAGCCUUGAGUUUGACGAUCACAGCGAGAUUGAAACACAAAUGGAGAAUCUUGAGAAGCUGGCCCCAGAUUGGUUUUUUAAGAAAAUGGCACCUAGUGGUGAUCUUAUGUACAAUGUGAGGAAGGUUUCUGAUCUGAAGUCAGUUUGUGAAAAAAUUAAUGCUAUGUGAUGAGAGUAGCUAAUGAAAUUGAGGGCAUGGUUUCUUUUAGUUUUUGCUAUAGUGAAUCAGAUUGCUGCAGUCUUUCUAUAUAACAUGUAAUAUUGCACUUGGCUUUAGCUCUAAUAUUCAAAAUGACUGCUUUUGAUUUUCA